AUGAAAUGCCAAUUACCUAGAAUUGCAGUCCCCUUGUUAUUUCACUACAAACCAGAGAUAAGCGAGUUUCUGAUCUCGGAUUUAUGCCUUCUAUCUGCAUUUAGUGGUCUCUUAAACCUCACCAUUAGAUAUGUGCACAAAAAGUUUACACAGCAGUAUAAGGUCACCAUUGGCGCUGAUUUUGCCACCAAGGAAAUUCUAGUUGAUGACAGACUCAUUACCUUACAGAUUUGGGAUACUGCAGGACAAGAAAGAUUCCAGAGUCUUGGUGUUGCAUUCUACAGAGGAGUUGACUGCUGCGUCUUGGUCUAUGAUGUUAAUGUCCGAAGAUCAUUUGAAACUCUUGAUAAUUGGCAUGAUGAAUUUCUUAAUCAGUUUGUUGAUUUUCUGAAAUAUAAUCCCUUUUCUGGUAUUAGUUUUAGAUACAUCAGGAUCUUAUAG